AUGAAUAGUGAUGAAAAGCAGUGUUGUUUGACGCUCAACGUGUUACCUUCCCAGAAAAGUUAUUGUAUGAAAUUAGUAGUGUUGUUCGUGAAAAUAUGUAGUUUAUUUACCUACCAUGGUUUUAACACUGGGUUAAUUUUAAAUUUACUAAACUUGAAAUGUGAUGCAACUAUAGACAACAUGAAAUUCGAAACCAAUUGGGAUAUUAAUAAGUACCAUUACCACUAUGAACUACCUCACCAUUGGGAACUCAAAAAGAAAUUUAUUCUUACUCACAAAGAAAAAUAUCCUGAAGAUAGGCUUAUUUGCCUUGCUCAAAUAUUCUGUAAUGUUCAUUACUUAGGAUGUAGGUAUGGUGAUGAGGUUAUGGAAUUAAUUGAUGAGCUCUCUGCAGGUAUAACAGAUAAAAGCUCAAAAUUCGAUAGUAAAGCUUUUUCAUUAGCUUCAAGUGCUGUUGAAGCUAAAGUCAAAGCUUUUACUGGACAGAGUGGUGGUCAGACACAAAAUCAAAAUCCUCGUGUGAGGGGUACUACAGGACCUAUAGCUUUUGUAAAGGCCUCAGAUCCCGGCCCAUCAACAUCUAAACAGGAUGUAAUUGACCUUACAGAGAGCCCACCUUAUAGAAAAAGACCAUCUGAUGGUUCUGUUAAUGGAAGAAAUCCUAAGUUCAUGAGAUCUAAUCCACAACAAAACCAGCCACCGCAUCGAUCUACACAACCUUUGCCUCACGAUUCCCAACGGUUUCAGCCACCAUCACAAAAUCGGUUCCAGGAGGAUCAUUCCGAGGAUGAUCGAUUGUUUUCUUAUGAAACAAAAAGGGCUAUUAAUCAUGUAAGACAAAUAGUGGAUAGUGGACCUUUUGGAAAAGUGGUUGUGUUCAAAAGUACUGUUCGUGAUGAAGGACCUAUUAACAUUAUCGAGAGAGCAGCAAGUGCUGCACAUAUGACGACAGCAUAUGGAAUUUCUCAAAAUCAUGACCUAUAUUCCUGUAAGUUCUCCAUGGAUGGCAUGUACUUGGCUACUGGAGAAGGAAGAACUCAAAAAAUUGCCAAAGAAGCUGCAUGUGCUAUUGCGCUUGAUAGACUUAAAGAAACUUCUUUUACUGUUUUGGUGAAGGCAUCUUUUGUUGAAGGUGAAAAAGUAGAUAGAGAUUUACAGAGAACAAAUAAUGACACAGCUCCACAGAGAGCUCAUGUUGACAUACCUAUUGCAGAAAGCAACAUUGGUAACAAAUUGAUGAAGUUAAUGGGAUGGACAGGAGGUGGCCUUGGUAGGGACGAACAGGGUAUUGCCGAACCUGUCAAGGUUCAAGAACGUGAAGUGAGGAGAGGAGGAUUGGGAAUAACAAAUUUCCAUGACUUCAGAAGAAAGGUUACUCGCAUCAUUGAAGAUUAUGCUCAUUCCGAUAAUAAACAAGAUCUCGUUUUCACACCUGAUUUUACUAAAGAUGAGCGAAGAACUAUUCAUGAAUUGGUGCGAAAGUAUAAUUUAAAGUCUAGAAGUUAUGGAAAGAAUGAAGACCAGAGGCAUUUAGUAGUCUUUAGGAAGGUACAACCUUUAGAAAUUGUUCAGGACUUGUUAGCAUGUGGUGGUGAAACUGAAAAGUACAAAUUAAUUUCUCCAUUACCAAUGACUCGUUAA